CGCAGCACGGCAACAGCAACAGCGAGCAAAGCAGCAGUGCAGUGCAGAAGCGGCGGGAAGUACGAUACGAUACGAACGACUCUCUCCUCCUCCUCUGCUUCCUCUCCGUGGAAACUAGCUAGGGUUUCCUCGUCCGCCGGCAGAUCCACCCCAGGUUUUUGUGAUGGCUCCCGCUAUUGAGGCAGUGGAGAAGGUCAAGGUGGCAAGCACACCCGUUAAGCCUCCUGUUCUUAAUGAAAGAAUACUGUCAUCCAUGACCCGCAGACCUGGUUCAGCGCAUUCAUGGCAUGAUCUUGAGAUAGGCCCUGAUGCACCAACUAUCUUCAACUGUGUCAUUGAGAUACGUAGGGGCAGCAAGGUUAAAUAUGAACUUGACAAGAAAACUGGACUGAUAAUGGUGGACCGUGUGCUUUAUUCAUCAGUGGUGUACCCUCACAACUAUGGAUUCAUUCCCCGCACGCUGUGUGAUGACAGUGAUCCGAUGGAUGUGCUAGUUAUUAUGCAGGAGCCAGUUGUGCCGGGCUGUUUCCUCCGCGCAAAGGCCAUUGGCCUCAUGCCUAUGAUUGACCAGGGAGAGGCAGAUGAUAAGAUCAUUGCAGUGUGCGCUGACGACCCUGAGUACAAGCAUUUCAAUGAUAUCAAGGAGCUCCCACCUCACCGGUUGGCUGAAAUCAGACGCUUCUUUGAGGACUACAAGAAGAAUGAGAACAAGGAAGUUGCUGUGAACGACUUUCUGCCCGCGACUGCUGCUUACGAGGCCAUUCAGCAUUCCAUGGAUCUGUAUGCUACUUACGUCGUGGAGGGCCUGCGGAGGUAGGCUGCUGCCUGGAGGCAACUGCUCCUUGUCGUCGGAGCGGGACGAUGUUGGCGAAAACCGGAGAAUGAGACACUGUCAUCUUACGAACUAAGUACUGUUAUUUUGUUGGUGUUGGCAUAUGUACCACUGGUUUAAUGACCUUGAAAGUAGUAGUUAGCACAAGAAAGAGUUGCGAAAUAUUCUUUUGUGGCCUCAGUGCCCCUAUGUUGUUAUUACCUCGAUGUUGUUGAUUCUCUUGACGAUUCAAGUCAGGCAUAAGAAAUUCAUUGUCAAUUUCUCAUGGUCAGAAAA